AUGACGCCGCCAAUGUUGCACGUUCGAGAGCACAAGGUCGAUGGAAACAGUCAAUGCCUGCUAAGUGAACAAGCUGAGAACUACGCAGAUCUCGAAGAAUGGGCUCGUAUCUUCUUCUCGAAGCCCGAGUAUGAGUAUAGUCUUCACUUUCAUCUGGAAAAUUCGGAAAAUUGUGAAGCAAAUAUAAAUAAGACCGUGUGGAACAAGGGUGCAUACCUACAUCCUUCAAGGCUACAGAACAACAAUCUCCUACUCGUGGCACACUUCCUAAAGAAUGAGAACGAUAACGAUGUCAUCAUAGUUGAGAGUCGUCCAGUACCUCAGGAUGAUAAUCAGCCAAACACUCCGGUAGGCGCCAACCAGCCUAACGGCUUUGUCCGAACGAACGAACCAAAUUGUUCUGUCGGGUUGAUGGCACCCCCUCCUCGACCCACAGCGGAUGAAAUAUACCGAGGACAGAGUCAGGAUAUUCUCCUUUGA